CAUUGAGUGAAAAGUGUUUUCAAAUUAUUUGUGUUUUUUGUGAUCAUUUCGAAGACAUUGAAGACAUGGAAGCGAUUGGAAGCGACUCUUCGGUUCUCGCAGUCAAUGAAGACAUGAGUGGAGACAAUGCGGUCACCAAUGGAUCAGUUGAUGCGAAGGACAGCACCGGUAGUCAAGAGAUGGCUAAACGAAUGAAGACAUCAAUACUGGACUCACAGACGACCCCUUCCUCUGAGUCUUCGCUUGAGUUCAGCAAAGACUCUUUCGAUCGAUUCGGUGAUGAUUUGUGUCGACUAUUACUGUCUUAUCUGCCAUUUGAAGAGCACUUCCGAAGGGAAUGUCUGUCCAAACAGUUCCAGAGAUGUCUUCACAUAUCUAUCAAAGUCCUCACUAUCACUGACACACUGUUUGCCAAAAUGAGCGCAAAGUGUGGAUCCUUUGGAACCCAUAUAUUGACUGAUAUUCUCAAGAAGUGUCCCAACAUUCAGACCAUUGAUUGCGAUCAUAUCAGUGAUAUAAGCAAUGAAUCAGAUGUGAGACAACUCUUGGAGGCCAUCGAUGGUCUGUCCGAUGAUUACUGUCGACGUCUCACACGAAUUGACUUCUGUUUUGCUUUUAUCGACGAUUUGGUCAUUAAUUGGAUUCAAAAGUUUGCGCCAAAACUCCUGAACCUCGGAGUCCGACACAAAAACCUCCAAUACCUCGAGGAAUGCCAUCAUUUGCGUCACCUUUCAGUUAAAGGCUCAUUGACUGAUGUCUUCACUCCAGACAAUCGACUAAUGGCUUAG